AUGUCACCACCAAAACAAGGUGCACAAAAUGGAAAUAUUUUAUCACCAACAGCAAAUAUGGACACUGUAUCGGUUCACAUUCAUCCACCCGAGAACAAUAAUCACAAAAUACAAAAAAUUAUCCUCCCACCACGGACAGAUGCCCCUAUUUACUACGGAAGAUCAUCAGAACGACCAUCACAAUUCCUAACUCGAGUGGAAGAAUACGCCGAAACCGUACAUAUGUGGUCAGAAGAUACAUUACUACGUGGUAUUUCACAAUUUUUAAAAGGUACAGCGCUCGAAUGGUACUGUCAACUUCGUAGCUGCCACUCGUUACCAAGAACUUGGUCCGAUUUCAAACAAACAUUUAUGGGACAAUUCAAUUCACCUCUUCGAAUGGCCCAACAAUGGCAACAAUGGAAACAAUGUAAACAACACUCAGAAGAGACGAUCAACGAAUUCAUGAUUCGAUUACGACCAUUAUGGAUUGAACACUUUCCACAAGAAACUGAAAAAGAUUUAAUCAAACACCUAUUCUGUAAAAUGCGCCCCGACGUAUUAAACUUAAUGGGAUGUCCAGGAAAUGCUUCGCUACAAGAAAUUCUACUUGAAGCACAACGCGUAGAAGAAAUUCUUUGCUACCGAGCAAAAGUCCACAACGAAGACAGCAAAUGGUCCCAAUUCAACCAUUACAAUAAUGACGUAAGUAUGAGCAAAAAUAACAACGACGGCAACAGAAUUAAUAAUUACUCCCAAAAUUAUCAACACUCACAAAACAACACAAACGCCUUAACGUCGUCGCAGCAAAACCAAAGAAAUCUACCAAAUCGUCAAAAAUCUUGGUGUCAACACUGUGGUAAAUCAAACCAUAAUUCUUGCGAAUGUUGGUAUCAGAAUGGAAACAAUACGAAUAACCACAGUACUAAUUAUGACACCAAUGCUGAUAACAACAGCAACAACUCAACGUCAGUUUCAAAAAAACGAGUAAGGAGUCUUGGUCAGAUGGGAAGACCAGACUCCGCAAAAAGAGCCCCGUAUCGAACCCGUCUCAAAACUAAAGUUUAUUCUAUUCAGUCUCAAAAUGUGAACUCUUUAAUAAUUCAGGGAAUCAUAGGAGAUGUACCAACUCCUAUGCUCAUAGACACUGGCUCGUCAAUGACACUGAUCAACUCAUACCUACUAUCAAAGCUCAGCCCAGGCCUAAUCAAACUUCUCCAACCGCCACCACAAAUUCAUUUACAAUUAGCUGACGGAUCACCCCUCUAUAUCAAACACAUAUUACAACUUUCUAUCACAAUCGAUAACGUUACACAACAAUACUCGACUUACAUAGUUCCACGUUUAGGACGGAACUGCAUUAUCGGAAACAACUUCAUCAAGGACACAAAGCUACACAUAGACGGUGGAAAUCAAUGCGUAUAUUAUGCAACACAUGAGAUUAAGAAAACAAAUAAUCCACCAAACAAUACCGAAUCAAAAGAAAUAACGGACUCAACGAAACUAAGACAUCGAAUACAAAUCAAAGAAAAUACACAACCGAUUAACGUAGGACCAUAUAGGUGCGCACCCGUGCGACGAAAAAUAAUAGAAGACAAUAUAGACGAAAUGCUAAAUGAAGGAAUCAUCCGACCAUCGAACAGAACUUGGGCUUCACCAAUAGUAUUAGCGCCAAAGAAGGACGGAACACUUCGAUUCUGCGUAGAUUACCGCAAAUUAAAUGCCGUCACUAUCAGAGAUGCUUAUCCAAUUCCCAGAAUCGACGAUACACUCGAUGCACUUGAAGAAGCACAAUUUAUCUCGACACUUGACCUUCGUUCAGGCUACUGGCAAGUACAAAUGGAACCGGCCAGUCAAGCAUUGACAGCAUUUAGUAGCAGAGACUGGAUACUGAGUACAAUACUUGGUACUUGUCGUACUUUUUACUUGGAAAACGACGAGUACACAGUACACUUCUGGUAA